AUGAGGAUCUCAGAUGACAUUGUGCUGUCACAACAGGAGCACAAAGACAGCACUAAGGAGUCGAAGACAAUGUUGGAGAACACUAAGAAGGUGUUGAGGAUUCGUAACAGCACCAUAAGGCAGAUGCUGGCAGAAGCACUGGGAACAUUCAUCCUCAUGGUGUUUGGCUUGUCCUCUGUGGCACAAGUGAUAUUGGGAAAAGGAAACAGUGGUCAGUAUCUGAGCAUCAAUUUGGCAUUUGGCAUUGGUGUCACCUUGGGCAUCUAUGCAGCUGGAGGAGUAUCUGGAGCUCAUCUGAACGCUGCCAUCACCAUUACACAAUGCCUUUUAGGAAAGAUCUCUGGGACAACGCUUGUAGCUUACAUAACCGGCCAGUUCCUGGGCUCCUUUAUGGCAGCAGCCACUGUCUUUGCUGUCUACUAUGAUGCUAUUUAUGACUACACCAAUGGGAGCCUUACAGUGUCAGGACCAACUGCCACAGCAAUGAUCUUCUCCACUUACCCUGCUCGCAAUGUGUCCUUGCAGGGAGCCUUCUUCACAGAGUUUACAGCAACAGUUAUGCUGAUCCUGGGUGUUCUGGUCAUCCAUGACGAGAAAAACAAUGCAGCCAUCAAAGCUGUUCAGCCCAUACUCACGGGUAUGCUGGUCCUGGGCAUUGGUCUGGGAAUGGGGCUGAACACAGGCUAUGCCAUAAAUCCCUCCAGGGACCUGCCUCCCCGCAUCUUCACAGCAAUGGCUGGCUGGGGAAUGGAUGUCUUCACGGCUGACCACUCCUGGUGGUGGGUCCCAGUCACAGCUCCAAUUCUGGGAUGUCUUGCUGGUGUUUUAAUCUACAAACUCUGCAUCGAUUUUCACAACCACCCUGCCCAUGAGACUGAAAAUGAGAAAGAACAGGAAGGCAUGGAGACUUCCAAACUGUGAUGGCCAUGUGCUGUGAUGACACCUGUGAAGGGCACAUUUGUCUGUCCACCAUGCAGAUUGAUGGGGAUCAUGUGAUGGAUGAGGGAUGAGAGACUGGAUUUCAGUAAACCUACUCUGCUUAAACAGACAAACUUGGUAUCUGAGAUAUUGAGCAGGCCUGUGUAGGGCUAGACCUGACUGUGAUCUGAAGAAAUUAUUCAAUCUCCCUGCAUAAAAAUCUACAAAAACGCCCCCAAAAAACAACAACAACAACAAAAUCCAAGCCAAAACUCAACCCCCAAACAACCAUCAUAUUCUGAAGAAAAGCAAAGCAGAGCUACAAGUCUCUAGAUAGAUAUAUAUUCAUUUACAUCAAAAUACACAUAUCAACAGUGGCAGAUACAACAUGAUUUAGUUAAUUAACACAGAAAUUUUAAUCUGGAAUAUUCUUUGGUAAGAGGCAGAUACUACAGUGAUGGACCAAGGGCCUAGGCUUGCUUCAUUUGCAUAUCUGUCACCCGAGUUUGGAA